AUGGAGGCCGCCGCCGCCGUCGUGGCAGAACUAGAAGGAACUCUCCUCCACGACCCCGACCCUUUCUCCUACUUCAUGCUCGUCGCCUUCGAGGCCUCCGGCCUCCUCCGCUUCCUCGCCCUCCUCCUCCUCUGGCCGCUCAUCAAGCUGCUCGAGGCCGUCGGGAUGAGAGACCUAGGGCUCAAGCUCAUGAUCUUUGUCGCCACGGUUGGCGUUAGAGUCUCCGAGAUCGAGUCCGUGGCUCGAGCCGUGCUUCCCAAAUUCUACAUGGACGACGUCGACAUGGGAGCAUGGAGAGUGUUCAGCUCUCGUGAAAAACGGGUGGUCGUCACUAAGAUGCCCAAGCUCAUGGUGGAGAGGUUCGUCAAGGAUCACUUGAGUGCCCAUGAAGUUAUCGGGGCCGAGCUCGUUGUGAACCGGUUCGGUUAUGCGACCGGUUUGGUCAAUGAUGGUGGCGAUCUCGACGUGUUCAUUUUGAGUCAGGUUGAUAAACUGUUUGACCAUGAUGAUGACGAGUUGCCCGGUUUAGGGCUCGGGAGGCGAACCGGUUCAGGCUCCAGCUUCUUGUCACUUUGCAAGGAAGAAAUGCACCCACCAUUCACGUUCAACGAGGACCUUCAAAAUGAACAGCUGGUACGACCACUCCCGGUGAUCUUCCACGACGGCCGCCUCGUGAAGCGGCCGACGGCGGCCACGGCCCUCCUCAUCAUCCUAUGGAUGCCACUUGGCAUCGUCCUAGCCGUCGUCCGGAUGACGGUGGGGACCAUGCUUCCCUUCUGGGCCAAACCCUACAUGUCCCGCAUACUCGGCGGCCAAGUUAUCGUCAAAGGGAAGCCACCUCCGCCGCCAGCCCACGGCAGCCGGAGCGGGGUCCUCUUCGUGUGCACCCACCGCACCCUCAUGGACCCCGUGGUCCUCGCCACCGUCCUCCGCCGCCGCAUCCCGGCCGUGACCUACUCCAUCUCGCGGCUCACCGAGAUUUUGUCCCCGAUCCCGACCGUCCGCCUCACGAGAAUUCGCGAGGUGGACGCCGAGAAAAUCAAGCGCGAGCUGGGCCAGGGAGAUCUCGUGGUCUGCCCCGAGGGAACCACGUGUAGGGAGCCGUUCCUCCUCCGGUUCAGCGCGCUUUUCGCGGAGCUGACGGAUCGGAUCGUGCCCGUGGCGAUGAACUACCGGGUCGGGUUCUUCCACGCCACGACGGCGAGAGGGUGGAAGGGUUUGGACCCGAUAUUCUUUUUUAUGAACCCGAGGCCCGUCUACGAGGUGACUUUCUUGAACCAGCUGCCCGCCGAGGCCACGUGUUCGUCAGGGAAGAGCCCGCAUGACGUGGCGAAUUACGUGCAGAGGAUUUUGGCGGCGACGUUGGGGUUCGAGUGCACCAACUUUACGAGGAAGGAUAAGUAUCGGGUUCUGGCGGGGAAUGAUGGGACGGUGUCGUAUAUGUCGAUUGUGGAUCAGGCCAAGAAGGUUGUCAGCGCCUUCACCCCAUUUUUCCAUUAG